AACAACAUGCAUAUACCAGAAGAGAUUGCACCAAAUACUUUUGUAUAAUCACUAGGUGUUAUAGGAAUCUUAUAUCGCCGUCGAAACAGGAAUGGGCAGCUCUCAUAACAUCCACGUUUACCUUCACGUCACCGAUAGUGCGAUGAUGCCUCCUCAAAUAGAUCAACCCAGCUCCAACAGAUCCUGCCAGCUGCGCUGGUGUGGGUGGGUGUGUGUGAUGGGGAUGCGGUUGUUGGGGCAAGAGGUUUAGAGGAGGCGUGGUCCGCUGCUUUGUACAUUGCUAAGAACAAAUUUGACAUAUAAACUCAAAAUGAGUAGCGGUCCCACGCAGCCAGCAGGGCACUGUGCGACCUGAGGAAUUCUACAGGUACUUGCAGACAAUUUUGAGUUGUGUGGAGUCUGGAAAAGAGCCAAAUGCCUGCACUCGUUAUGUGUGAUGGAUGCAAUUAAAGGCUUACUGGACUGAAAUAUUGUCAUUCUGCAAUAAUCUAAAGGCGUUUUGGAAUAUUGCACCUGGGACAUAGUUUUUGGAUCAGUGUGGCGGAAUUUAAAGACAACAAAAGGCUUCAUUCAUCUGCAUUCCCCAUUAUGAAAAGCUCUGUUCCGUUCCUGGGCUGCGUUACAGCAGCAAGCUUGUUCUUGUACUUGACCCUGACUGUUCUGACCAUGGUCCUCACCAACUCCACGCGACUUGAGUCCAUGUUGGACAAGUACAAGGAUGAAGAGUGGUGGAGGGCCAGGUCGAGAGGGAAGAGGGCCAUCAGUGAGGGAGACAUGCACCUUAUCCUGGACCUGCACAACAAGCUGCGUGGGCAGGUCUACCCUCCUGCCUCCAACAUGGAGUACAUGGUAUGGGAUUAUGAGUUGGAGAGGAGCGCAGAGCACUGGGCACAUGCCUGCCAAUGGGAACAUGGACCACACCACAUGUUGACACAAAUAGGCCAAAACCUUGGAGCACACUGGGGCAGGGAUCGCCCCCCUACCUAUCACGUCCAGGCCUGGUAUGAUGAGGUGAGGUAUUAUAGUUAUCCAUAUUCCCAGGAGUGUAACCCACACUGCCCAUUCAGAUGCUCAGGGCCUGUUUGCACGCACUACACUCAGUUGGUGUGGGCUACUACUAAUCGUAUUGGCUGUGCCAUCAAUGUGUGUUACAACAUGAAUGUGUGGGGAAUGAUCUGGGCUAAAGCUGUCUAUCUGGUCUGCAACUACUCUCCACCAGGCAACUGGUGGGGUCAUGCUCCAUACAAAUAUGGAGCUCCAUGCUCUGCCUGUCCAGCCAGCUAUGGUGGAGGCUGCAGGGACAACCUCUGCUACAAACAUGGUGGUGUGGACAGGCAUCCACCUCCUGAGAUCGAGGAGACCAACUACAUUGAACCUGAACCUGAACCAGUGAAAGACAGGGAGCCAGACCCGAGGACCCAAUCACCAGACCGCUCACCCAGUGACAACCUAGAGAGAAACCAGGUUGUCAGCACAGAGCAAAUGUGCCAACAGGUCGACUGUGAGACUAAGCUGAGAGAUCAGUGCAAGGGAACAACCUGUAACAGAUAUGAAUGUCCACCUGGCUGCCUUGACAGACCUGGAAAAGUAGUUGGAACUGGAUAUUAUGACAUGCAAUCGAGUGUGUGUGGAGCUGGGUUACACUCUGGUGUUAUUGAUAAUGAUGGAGGGUGGCUGGAUGUGACCAGACUGGGCAGAAAACAACAAUUCACCAAAUCAUUCAAGAACGGUAUUCAAUCACUUGGGAAAAACCAAAGUGCAAAUUCCUUCAAAGUAGAGUCAGUGCCUGUCAAGGCAGUAAGAUGUGAUACCACUGUGGCACUUUUCUGCCCUUUCAAGAAACCUGUACGACACUGUCCCAGGUUGUAUUGUCCCAGGAACUGUUUGCAUGACAGUCGAUUCCGAGUUAUUGGGACCAAGUAUUACUCGGAUAAAUCCAGUAUCUGCCGAGCUGCCAUUCAUGCUGGAGUGAUCCAGAAUGAGUCAGGAGGAUACCUUGAUGUGAUGCCAGUGGACAAACGGAGGCAAUACAGUGGCAGCUACCAGAAUGGCAUCACCUCGGACAGUCUACUGAACCCAACAGGAGGUAAAGCCUUCAGAGUGUUUGCAGUCAUCUGAAAAGCCAUGCUCAAAGGACAGAGUACUGUUUAACAUGGCCACUUCACAUCCAGUAAACCCACUCAUUAUUGUCUUACAGCCUGUAAUUACAUUUAUGUCUAUAGUAAAUAGUUCAGCUUUUCAGCCUCUGAUACUAAAGUUAUAGCAUGACUUCACUCCAGUCUCUAUACUGCAGAGCCCCUAAAUUUUUGAAAAAGUAUUUUGAAAAAGUAAAAGUAAGAGUACUGCUUUUACUGCAGCCUCAGUUGUUAAAGUAAGAUUGGACACUCACUGAUCGAGGGGAGCUGUUUAGUGAGAGGUCAGUAGAUUUCUGGUCUGCACACUCCCCUGAGUUGUCUCACAUGUGCCUUGACAGAGGGUUUAUUUAAUGUCCUCAUACAUAAAAGACAGAAUUAUGUCAUGCUUUUAAGUACAAAAUACAUGAAGCACAUAACAAUACUUUUAUUUUAUGAAUUUAAUUCCUAUUAAGUCUUAUUUAGACCUCCCUUUAUGACUUUUCCAGUGGUAAUAUAUAGUAUAGCAACAAUGUAGGCAGUAUAAUACAGACAUUAUAUUUUUUGUACAUAAUAUUGUUGUAAAUAAUUCUGAGCACUAUACUAUGAAAUGCUUGCUACUGUUGCCUUUUUCAUUUACAUUUAUUCAUUUACAUGUUACCACCCAUAAACUCAAACAGACAAUAAAGAGUAGAUUAUUUUAUACUGUAUUUCACAGCUUUUGUUGAUAGAUUUAUACAAAUGGACCCUGGCUGGCCAGGAAUGUGCAUGGCUGAAUCACUAUUA